AUGAUGGCCUCCCACUCUCCUUGUAUCGACUACACCUCCUUCCCGCACAUCCUCUCCUCCGUGCUUUCCUUUGCUUCGACGGCAGCCCUGGUUCAGCUCCGUCUCACUAACCAUGAGGUCAAAAAGGGGGUGGACAAGAUCCUCUUUCAUCACAUCACCAUUCACUACACUCUUAACGACGACCAGGGGAGCAACCCGGGACCCGCGUUUGCUUGGAUCCAUUAUAUUGAUCAAGACGGGUUUAUGCUACCGCCCGACGCGUCGGCACCGUCGGAGGAUGUUCUUUCCAACACCCGCAUUGUCACAAUCCGCUGCACCAAACUGCAUGUCAACGCGAACCACGCGCCCAGUACCAAGCUCGCCGUUGCCGUUGCCAACAAAAGAGGGCAACCUCAGAGGGCAACGCUGCCCAAGUUUCAAACCCUCGAUCUCGUACGCUGGCCGAAUCCGUCACUGGACCUGGGCCAGCUUGCCUACUACAUCCCAGCGACCACUUGGGCUCUGUUCAUCUCAGACACUGUCGGGCCGUUGCACGACUUUUUUCCUUACAUGACGACCGAGACGCUUGAGAAAGUCAAGAACAUUGUGGUGUGCUUUGACGGCAGCCUCAAACUCUCAAGGUCGAUCAGCAUUCCCAUCGUCGGCGGGCAGGUCAAGGGUCGCCCAGACUAUUUCCUCUUCAACCCGAUCAAGGGACUCCAGACAGAGCCUGUGACUCCUACAGGCCCCCUUGCGCUCACGGAUGAGCUGGAAAUGAUCAUUGUCACAAUGUUUCACCUCCACCAGUUCACCCUUGUGGGUCUGGUCGAGCGCAUGUGCGACACGGAGAGCACCACGAUGGGACCGAUUCUGCCUUCCGAGAUGAUCUACGGCAAGAUCAGAACCGCUCUCCUCAAGGCCAUCACGGAAUGCCAAAGACUCGUUCCGCAGCAUCUCUGUCCAGGAAACGUCAAGACCAAGGUGGCGUUCCAGUCUCUGGUCGAGUUUGAGAAGAGCAUGGGCAAAGACAAAUUCCGUCUCUGCACCGUCAAGGACGCUCGCCCUGUGAGCUGCGAGGGGCUGUGA